AUGGAUGUUAAUUUUGCUUUUCUUAACGAUCAUAUAAACGAAGAGGUGUAUGUCUCACAACCCAUAGGUUUUGAGGAUCGCGAUAAUGCAGACUAUGUUUUUAAAUUAAAAAGAGCCUAUAUGGUCUCAAACAAGCUCAUGGAGGUUGAUGAUAUCAUAUUCGGUUCUAUUGAUGAAUCUCUUUGUCGAGAGUUUGCAAGUUUGAUGCAGCGAAAAUUUGAGAUGUCUCUUAUAGGAGAGCUGACAUAUUUCUUGGGAUUGCAAAUUAAGCAAGACGAAGUAGGCAUUUUCAUAAGUCAAACCAAGUACUACUUAGAGCUUCUUAAGAAGUUCGAUAUGAAAGACUCGAAAAGUAUCUCAACACCUAUGAAAUCUAUUGUGCUUAUUGACAAAGACGAAAGAUGA